AUGUUGUUGAUCCUCGAGAUGUGUGAGGCGAACUUGGAGCCCAACGUGAUCUUCACCUACAACGCUGGUAUAAGCGCGUGCGAAAAGGGUGAACAGUGGCAGCAGGCUCUAUCGCUGCUUAGCGUUAUGUCUGAGGCAAAGGUUGCGCCCACUGUCAUCAGCUACAGCGCUGGGAUAAGCGCGUGCGCGAUGAGCUCCAGGUGGCAACAAGCUCUGUCAUUGCACAGGGGGAUGCGUGAUGCGAAGUUAGAGCCAAAUGUAAUCAGCUACAGCGCCACGAUCAGCGCGUGCCAAACAGGGGAGCAGGCUCUGUCGCUGAUUAGCGAAAUGUCGAAAGCGAAUUUGGAUCUUGACGUUAUCUGCUACAGCGCUGGGAUCAGCGCGUGCGAGAAAGGUGGGCAGUGGCAGCAGGCUCUGUCACUGCUCAUCGAGAUGCGGGAUGCGAAGGUGGUGCCCAAUGUCAUCAGCUAUAGUGCUGUGAUCGUCGCGUGCGAGAACAGGAAGCAGUGGCAGCUGGCCCUCUCGUUGUUCCACGAGAUGCGGGACGCGAACUUGGACCCCGACAUCGUCAGCUACAGCGUUGGGAUCAGCGCGUGUGAGACGCUCGGGAAAUGGCAGCAGGCCCUGUUGCUGUUGAACGACAUGUGGAGGAUGUGGGAGGCGAAGUUGAUGCCAGACGUCAUCACCCCUAACAGUGGGACUGGCGCGUGCAAGAUGGGGGGUGGUGGGAGUGUCGUUCCAUGUUUCGAGCACCAACGCCAGAGCGUUGACCCAAGGGCUUGA